GUGGAGGUUACGACCAAAUACCAGCAAAACAAUUGUUUCGGCUUUCCAUCUAUGCAACGUUCGAGCGAAAAGAAAACUUCGAGUAAUUUUCAACGGUGUAGUAUUAGAACACGACUUCUUCCCGAAGUACCUGGGAGUAACGUUAGAUAGAUCGCUGACGUACAAAGAAAAUAAUUCACGAACGGCGUUGAAAAUGCAGCCCAGAAUCAACCUCCUAAAGAAACUUGCUGGGACGUCUUGGGGUGCCAAUGCCACUGUUUUGCGUACAUCAGCACUGGCACUUGUUUACUCUGUGGCUGAAUACGGAUCUGCUAUUUGGAUAAAGAGCGCCCACACAAACAUCAUCGAUGUCGCAUUGAACGAGGCUCUACGAGUGAUAACAGGCGCAGUUGCAUCUACACCAAUCGAAUGGCUACACGUACUGGCUAACAUCGAACCGCCAGCGAUUCGAAGGUACAAAGCUUUUGCCCGAGAAUGGGAAAAAAUCGGAUCAAUGGAUGAGCUUCCUAUCCACGACGACCUGAACAAUAUACCAGCACCAAGACUGACCUCUCGGCAUCCACUUUGGAAGACGUUAAAAUAUGGAAUUGGUACCCGAUCCGACUAUAAGGCUAGCUGGAUUCGAUUUGCCGAGGAAGGCAUGGACACGAUUGAACCGAAUACGAACCGGACACGGGAAUUGCGCGAAGUGUUUAUUCCAAUGGAACCUGGCCGAUUCUGCUGGUUGUGACUGUGGCGAGCCAAAUCAAUCAAUGAAUCACAUAGUGAAUGAUUGUCCGAAUCGAAAAUUUGUUGGCGGUAUGGAAGGGUUACACCGACUAGACGAAGGGGCUGCAGAGUGGCU